AUGGAAAACUACGACAUAGUAAUCGUCGGCGCCGGGCCCGUCGGCCUGGUGCUCUCGACCUGCCUUGGAAGAUGGGGCUACAAGAUCAAGCAUGUCGACAAUCGGCCAGGGCCCACACCAACCGGUCGCGCCGACGGCAUUCAACCGCGCUCGCUCGACUUCCUGCGAAACAUGGGCCUCAAGCGUGCAAUUAUGGCGCAUGAGCCUGCGAAAGUCUACGAAGUUGCCUUCUGGGAUCCCUCGAAGAACGGCAUCCACAGGACUGGCACCUGGGCGAGCUGUCCGAAGUUCAUCGAUGCGAGAUACCCCUUCACAACGCUGCUGCACCAAGGCCUGAUCGAAAGGGUGUUCCUAGAGGAUAUGGAGAAGAACGGCGUGAAGGUGCAGAGGCCCUGGAGUAUCACUGGGUUCAAGAAUGAUGGGAAGGAUUCGACAUAUCCUAUCGAAGUCAGCAUAAAGCACGUGAACGGUGAGGAGACGGAGACGAUGCGCACCAAGUACCUUUUCAGCGGAGAAGGUGCGAGGAGCUUCAUCCGUGAGCAGCUGGGUGUCAAGAUACACCACAAGGACCCGAUCGCGCAUGUUUGGGGUGUUAUGGACGGUGUAGUGCGAACAGACUUUCCGGAUAUCAAGAUGAAAUGCACUAUCCACUCGGACGCCGGCUCCAUCAUGGUCAUCCCACGAGAAGCAAACAUGGUGCGCCUAUACAUCCAAAUCGCAUCCUCAACAGACAAAGACUGGAAUCCGCGGAAAACAGCAACCGAGGCAGAGGUGCAGGCGACCGCUAAGAAGAUUCUGAAACCCUACUACAUCGAAUGGGACCGAGUAGAGUGGUUCUCUGUGUACCCGAUCGGCCAAGGCAUCGCCGAACGCUACACCCUUGAUGAGCGCGUCUUCAUGGGCGGCGACUGCUGCCACACGCACUCGCCUAAGGCUGGCCAAGGCAUGAACACCGCGUUCCUCGAUGCGCAGAACCUCGCCUGGAAGAUCCACCACGUCGAAGCCGGCUUCGCAGAUCGCAGCAUCCUCAAGACCUACGAGUCCGAGCGCAAGCUGAUCGCUGAGAACCUACUGAACUUCGAUGCCAAAUACGCCAAGCUCUUCUCGCAGCGCCUGCCCUCAGCGGGCGAGGUCGGUAGCGCGAGCAGCACCAACCAGCCGAUCGAAGAGAACGAGUUCGUCAAAGUCUUCAAAGAAUCCUGCGAGUUCACCUCCGGCUACGGCGUCGCCUACAACGCAAACAUCUACAACUGGUCCCCGUCCCACCCGGCCCAACACCCGCUCUUCCUCUCGCAUACCAAGUACGAAACCACCCAGCGCCCCGGCCGCAUCCUCACCCCAGCGACCGUGACCCGCGUCGUCGACGCGAACAUUGUGCACCUUGAGCAAGAGAUCCCGGUAAACGGUUCCUUCCGGCUCUACGUCUUCUGCGGCGACUUCCGCGUCACGAAGAAGGCGCUCGAGGAUUUCUCUUCCCACCUCACCGCCCCGCGCUCCUUCUACUCCGCCUUCGCCCGCGCAGACAAGGACAGCGUGUCCUUCCACGAGCGCCACAACCCGCAUACCCACUUCUUCACCCUCGCUCUUACCUUUGCGAGCGCCCGCCGCGCCGACGUCGCGGAUGUUACGGAGCAGCUCCCGGAGACGCUCAAGAGGUAUAGAGACCAUGUCUACUCUGAUGAUGUCUGGGAUCCGCGGCUGCCGUCGGAUACUAAGGCCGCGGCGCAUAGGAAGAUGGGGUUGAGCGAGGACAGGGGCGGUGUGGUGGUUGUGAGGCCGGAUGGGUAUGUUGGGUGUGUGGUCAAGCUUGUGGAAGGUGCAGGCACGGUCGAAGCGCUGAACCAGUACUUUGGGACUUUUGUGUCGAAGGGGUUGGGCGGGGAGGAGGCCAGGUUGUGA